GUGGCUGUGAAGCAGUGGAGCAGUCUGAGAAAAUGGCAUGUAACACACCUAACCAAAGACAGCGGUCUCUGUCAACAGCUGGAGAAGCUCUCUAUGAAAUUCUUGGUCUGCAUAAAGGAGCGUCAAAUGAAGAAAUAAAGAAAACCUACAGAAAACUGGCCUUAAAACACCAUCCAGACAAGAAUCCAGAUGAUCCAGCUGCGGCUGAAAAGUUUAAAGAAAUCAACAAUGCCCACACAAUACUCAGCGACACGUCAAAAAGAAAGAUAUACGACCAGUACGGCUCGCUGGGGCUCUAUGUGGCCGAGCAAUUUGGAGAUGAGAAUGUUAACACUUACUUCAUGCUGUCAACCUGGUGGGCAAAGACCCUGUUCGUCAUCAUUGGCCUCUUGACCGGCUGCUAUUUUUGUUGCUGCCUGUGCUGCUGCUGCAACUGCUGUUGUGGACACUGCCGGCCCAAGUCAGCAUCCGCAGAAGAGGACUUCUACGUGUCUCCAGAGGACCUCGAGGAACAGAUCAAGACUGACAUGGAAAGAGAUGUGGACAUUCCAAUUGUUCUCCAGCCUACAAAUGCAAAUGAGAAAACACAGCUUAUCAGAGAUGGAUCUCGGAGUUAUUGCACAGACUCUUAAUGGUGGUCCAGUUGAGGGUCCACAGGUCCUCCUCUUGGUUCAGCCAUGUCUCUGGGUCCUCAUGGGGGAGGUGGGAACAUGAAAUGCUGUGAACAUAUUCACAUUUGUAUUUUAUUUUUAGGUUAGGGGAAGAUGAUUGCUACAUAAUUUUCUCAAUAUUCAGACUUUCUCUUUGAGUAGAAUUGCUAAUGAAAAACAUUCAGUUUUGAUGAAUAAAGGCCUGAAGAGUUGCUUUAUACUCUUUGCAUGAGGUUAGAAAGGUGGCAGUGGACAGUCUUUGUGAGUCUGCUCUCAAGGUGAGCCACAUCUCAUUCUCUACAGGCUAAAGUCAGACUAUGCCAAAAGAGAAGAUAGCCUUCCUCUAGCUAACUAAAUGUGGUAUUCAUACCUGCCACAAAUACUGUCAGCAAAACACACAUGAGACUUAGGAGUAAUUUGUUGAUUGCAGAACUCUUUCUCUGUCAAUCUUAUAUAUGGUUACAGAAACAUGACAAGAGAGAAUUCAGUCUUUUAAAGUAUAUUUUAACAGAUUAAAAAUUGGCACUUAGUGAAAAUUGAGAAGUUAAAC